CUCGACUUGUCGGCGCUCGAUUGAGCAGCGUGGCAGUGUUACUUCCGGUGCCUAGCUCCAUUUCCGGCUUUGGUUGUUACAGAAGACGCCGUAGGCCGCAGGCUAUUUGAAGAGUUUAACCCAAACAUGGAUAUCAGACCAAAUCAUACAAUUUAUAUCAACAAUAUGAAUGACAAAAUCAAAAAAGAAGAAUUGAAGAGAUCCCUGUAUGCCUUGUUUUCCCAGUUUGGUCACGUGGUAGAUAUUGUGGCUUUAAAGACCAUGAAGAUGAGGGGGCAGGCCUUUGUUAUAUUUAAGGAACUGGGAUCAUCCACAAAUGCUUUGAGACAGUUACAGGGAUUUCCAUUUUAUGGUAAACCAAUGCGAAUCCAGUAUGCAAAAACAGAUUCAGAUAUAAUAUCUAAAAUGCGUGGCACUUUUGCUGACAAAGAAAAGAAAAAAGAAAAGAAAAAAGCCAAAACUGUGGAACAAACUACAACAACUGCAAACAAAAAGCCUGGUCAGGGAACACUAAAUUCAGCUAAUACCCAAGGAAAUUCAACACCAAAUCCUCAGGUCCCUGAUUACCCUCCAAACUAUAUUUUAUUCCUUAAUAAUUUACCAGAAGAGACUAAUGAGAUGAUGUUAUCCAUGCUGUUUAAUCAGUUCCCUGGUUUUAAGGAAGUACGUUUGGUACCUGGGAGGCAUGACAUUGCUUUUGUUGAAUUUGAAAAUGAUGGGCAGGCUGGAGCUGCCAGGGAUGCUUUACAAGGAUUUAAGAUCACACCAUCCCACGCCAUGAAGAUCACCUAUGCCAAGAAAUAACAUUUAGGAUAGUUAUCUUUAAAGGACUUGGUGUUAUUUAUACUGUUUGUUUUGAUAAUAUUUGGUCACAUCAUUUUAAUAGUCGGAGGUAGGGGGGGAGUAAAAGUGAAAUUUUUGUGAAGGACUUAGUCUUUCUUUAGCCUUAGUGAACUAUAAAAUGUAAAGGCCUUAAUUUUGUACAAUAAACUUUUAUUUGUCUUCUGUA